CGAUGGACGAAUCGGCGGGCCAAGUUUGGCUAUCCCUGGCCUGUUUGGGUCGAAUGUUCCUGGGACUCGAUCCGUCUUCGGCAAGUGGAAGUCUGACCCUGCUUUGUUUAUUUUUGUUGAUGUUGGUUGGGUUUCCCUGCAUUUUUGGUAUUAUACACAUGGGCUUUCAUUGCAAGUUCAAUGGCGAUAAUGAGAAUGUGAUUUGUUUUGCAUCAAGUGGUAUCAAAGGCGGAAAGUAUCCGCAUAUCAAAGGGGCCUCCCUGUUUGAGGCUUGGGUGUACUUACUUGGCCUUACCUUCCAAACUUACAUGUCGCCCUGCAAGUGGAAGGACCCGUUAUCCCUCCAAACCUACCGCAGGCACACGCACACGCACACACACCUCAUCAGCCAAACUUCCACUAUCGGUCAUCCAUCCCAACCCAUCGCAUGCUAUCUCCAUCUUCAUCACCAUCUCCUCCCGCAUCCCAUGGAUGACAUCCAUGGCGAACCCACUUGUCCCAUCUGAUGGAAGGAUCACACACUGUGCCAAAAGCGUAUCUUCACCUCUCGAAUGAGUCUGUGGGGCCAUCAUACGUCGCUACGCUACGUUAUACAGUGAUGACCAUGGAUUUGCAGCGCUUCUCGUCAUGACGAUGGCCUAUAUCGGCAAAGACUUUCAUAUCUUGCAUUGGGAGCGACAAGCAUUGUAUACACUGUACAGAACAGAGCAGAUUUCUCCUCCCGUGCAUCUGUCACUUGCAGAAAAUGAAGACUCGUUUAAACAAAGAAAAAAAAACAGAGACAUGGUGAGCCCCCGUGAUACCCCCCUAGACUGAGUCAAGUAGCGUCUGACCUUUGAUUCCCUACUCAUCUAACAGAGACGGGAAACGGAGACUAUAGCAGCAACAUGGCUCAGAUCCGAAUAUUGGAGGGUCACGUUGUCGCUGCAGUAUUAAAAUUGCACUCCAACUCCCACACUUACUGUACAGGCUUGCCCUAGGCUGGUUGGGUGCCAGGAAUCAAUCCGAAUUUCUCAGCUUGCUUGGUAUUGACAGUUAUCGAUUCAGACUCGAAUUCCGUCCCAGUGGCAAUACCUUGAGUGGUGGCUACCGACAGUUUGACUCACUAGCUCAUCUAAGCAUCGAUCGCUUCAGCUGAGUUUUAAUGCCGCCCGCCAUUUGGGCGAGAGGGCAUCUACAGAAGCCACUGUGUUUUCCACUGGAUUCCAGGGGCGACAGCCCCAAACCAUUCGCUGUUUUAGUUGCAUCCAGUGCAACUCGCUCGAUAAUUGCCUGCUGUACGGCUUGCCUCACCCAGGUGUCCUUGUGGAUCUCGUUGAAGCCACACGCCCCUCCUAUUUACAGGGACCUCCACGCAGCUGCUAUUAGGUUACUUCCUACACCCUGUAGGGGUUAUUCUGACUACCCAAAGAUACUUUGGUCGUUAGUUACCUGAUUUUGCCUCUGCGUCUAGGCCCACCGCUCCCUCCAAACUUCAGCCAUGCCACGCGAUUAAGAUGAAUCCGCGCUUGGCCUCCCUUAAAAAAAUUCUAGCCUCAGGAAGGCUGUGGCAUAGGAUUACUAUUGACUCGGAUCAUAGUUUCGAUGGAUACUUCUGUGUCUCGUAGCCCAGCUCAGUCUAGCCAGCUCCGUCUAAGUGGCUCCCCUGCUCGCACCCCAAACCAGGAUGUAACCCAUAUAUCAAAUAUCCCCGUCUCCCGUCACUAUCGUCCCCUUUUCUCUCUCUUUCCCGUUCUUGAUGUUUCUUUUCCUAUUUCUGUUUUUUUCAAACACCCGUGUCUUGGUUAUAUACAACAAGACGGCUUUGGAUAUUCCCCAUACUUUGUUUUGCAUUGCAAUAUAGAUCGUUGCCUAUUGCACUAGCCACUAGACACAUUCACUCCGUCGAAAAGCAACUAUCCGUGAGAAGAAGAGAAUACAGACAAAUUAGGACAGCAUUGCAUACAACCGAAACGAACUGCGAGGCGACACACCGAGAGCACAUCCACAACGAAAGAAGAAGGGUUAUCAUCUGUACUGUCACACAGCCGUAAUUGGGUGCACACAAACCUACGCUGUCCGCUGCAAGUUCACUGGAUCCUUUUCAAUUGGAAACCUGGAAUCAGUUGACAGACACUCGACUCAAUCAUUGAACCACUUGGAGGGCGAAAUCAGUAAAUUAUCAUCAACAUGACGGCGGAUCAAGGGUUCGGAGGCCCGGUCGAGCGAUCGCGGCGGAGUUUGUCUACCUCAGGACCUGGACCUAAUGGUGAGGGAGAGACAAGACCUGAAAAGGAGAAAGCCCGAAAACCAUCCACAGACGAGAAGGACGAUGCUAUAGCUACCUCGCAAGUCUUGCCUCGCCGAUACGAUAGCCCUUCUGGUACACCAGCCCCAGUAGCUGCACCACUAUCACGAAAUCCUUCAGAAAUGUCAACAACAUCUAGUCCAGGACCUGACAGUCGGAGAUCUCCUGCCCCAUCACAGCCCUUGGAACCUCCUGUAACGAAAUCAAGUCUAGGAGAGCUCGAGGUUUCCAAGAUCAUCAACAACCCCAAAUUGAGGCACGAUAUCAACUUUGACCCUGAGCUUCACUUCAGACCUAAUGUGGAGGGCGAUAAGGGCCGAAGAAAGCACGAUCGUGCUAGCAUUUUCUGGACGACACUCAAAGAGGAACUGGUUGAGUUUAUCGUGGACCGGGACAGUUUUUACGCCAAGCAUGGCACAGGAGACGACUGGUGCUUGCCAAAGCUUCUCAAGUCUGUGAAGGAGAUCAUCCAAACCCUUGUGCCCCAGCGCGACCGACAGUUUCUGGAUGAGGGUCUGAACGUGGAACUGCUCAUGCAACAGUUUCACCGAGGCAUUGCUGAUUUGGAGAAGCUUGCUUCGUGGCUCUCACGAGUCCUCAAAUCUCACUGCGCACCAAUGCGGGACGAAUGGGUUGAUUCGAUGUACAAGCAGCUCAGCAACGGUAACAGUAACAACGAUGUUGAGGAGCUUGUCAACGGCAUGCGAAGUUUGCUCAGUGUUUUGGAGGCAAUGAAACUCGACGUCGCAAAUCAUCAAAUACGCUGCCUUCGACCUGCUCUCAUUGAAGAAACAACAGCUUUCGAGCAAAAGUUUCUGAUGAAGAAGCUGCGAAAUCGCAAAAUGGAUAUAGGCGAUGCCAAACCAUGGUACCAAGAGGCUUCUCGAACUUAUCCUAACGGUGCCGGGAAGAUGUACUCAUGCUUUGGAGAUAUGGGGGUUUUCUUUGAGGGAAUUUCGCGGUCUAUGCUCCCCUCUGCUGGAGAGAAGCCUCUGCCUGGUACUUUCUUCUUUGAUGAGGACCGACUUGGACGUGUUCGAUCGGAUAUUCUGGAUGCCAUCAACCUAGACGUCUGCAUGCGCAUGUACGAGGAUCUUGAGCGUAUUGCGAAACUCAACUCGCCCCCUGCUUUUGCAAGCGCUAUGUCAGAUGACCACGAGUUCAACUUCAACACUCCUCCCUCGAGCUCAAGACCUUCCAGUGUUACACUGAGCUCUGCAGAUUCAGCUUCGUCAUCACCACGUUCCUCCAUGGUCCUUCCCCUCUACCUCAACUCAGAAACUAACGAAGCCAAAACAAGAGCCCGAAAUCUCCGCGACAGUCUAGUUGCUCUGCUUCAGCAGGCACCACACGACCAACAUUAUCACGAGAAGUGGCGCUCAAUGGCGCCCUCUAUGGCUCUGCAGAUCUUCCGAUUCACCAACGCCCCCAUGGAUAUGCUUGUCCCCUUCGAGGAGAAGCUCCUGGAGAACGUUUGCCGCAUCUCCUCACCUAUCUACAAGGAGAUGGAGGAGGCGUACCGCAUUCGCCUGCUUAACGAGCUCGCCAUGCGCGUUCGCUACUUUAAGGCUCUUUCAGGUGUAUGCUUGUUCUCCAUUGCCACUGGUAAUCGUGUACCAACAAGUAGCCGCAGCCUGGAUGCAGGACGAGACCGAGACCUGGAUGCAGCCAUCCGCAUGGGUCAGCAAGAGGGUGGCAUCGAAGAUAUUGCGACUCGUAUCGCUCAUGUGGGUGUUGUCCACUGGAGGAUAUGGGCACGCAUGGCAUAUGUCGACGAAGACGACAUGUCUAUGGACUAAUCAGCCCGCGGCGGAACAACAUCAUGUAUCCAUUUGUGUCACCAAUUCGUUAUACCCACAUUUACCUACUUUUUAAUGUCGAUACAUGAUUAACUACGCAAUAUCGGCUGGACCGCAUUACACACACUGGCACACAACCUCACGCACACACACACGCACUAUGCAAUUCCCUGGCCUGGAGCCGUUCUGCUCUGUCUGCCAAGGGAGUGCAGAUUUUUCGAGUCAAUAUUCGGGUACCUACCCAAAAAACAUACAAUGGUCGGCGGCUCUCUGCAUUUACUCAGUUAUCACUGCAUGUUCUGCACUUUUCAUAAGAUAUGCUUGUUUUGGUUUAUUCUAACCCAGUCUGCGUUUGCAACUGUGGCGUUACAUGGUGGAUAGUCUUUGUUUUAUUAGGGGAUCAGUGAAACCGGCCCCUUUUGCUUUAUUUGAUCCAAUGGCGCUUUUGGUGUUGUGCAUUGGAAUUAUCGAGUUGUGGUGACACUGACGUCGUACGCGCAAGCACAUGACCUCUGCGGCUUCAGGCCGUACAAACAUGUGCGCAGCUUAUUCGCAUUUUAGAUCAGGCGCACGCACAUAUUUAUCUAUCUGACUUGCUCAUACUGGAGAUCUGUUUCUUGAACACACGUGGCGCGCUUAUAUGGCAAAUAGACUAGACAGAGAAAGACUAGAAGAAAAUCUACAUGUUCUGCAA